UCGAAGUGGGUUGAUGGCCCUUUAAGAGGUGGUAGCUAGCUCCCAGUUGCCAUGGAGACAGCUGGAUACACACCGGGGUAGCAAGCAGCAGGCAGAAGGCAGCAUGCCCUUUAAAGUUCAGUCCAAAGGCUCCAGAGUCAAGGAGCAGCAGCAGGCCUCAGCCCCAGAGAGUCUGUCACCCCCAAAGGCCAAUGCUGAAGCCAUUCACUUCCUCUCCUCCCUCGGGGAGGAGGAGCUGCAGAAGCUGUUCUUCUCGGAGACCCUGGCCAUGGUCUCGAACACGGGGGAGCCUCAGGGAGAGCUGACCAUCGAGGUGCAGAGAGGGAAGUACGAAGGCAGCUUCGGCAGACUGUCUCACUGUCCCCUCGUGCACGCCGCCAGCCGUGGCUUCCUGGACAACACGCUCUGUGGGAGCUCCCUCCUGGGUUAUCUUUCAUGGAACUUGGAGACCUUGGAACAACACAGUCAGGAGUUCGUCAAGUUCCACGUCCUCCCCAUGGAAAGGAGGAUGAGUUUGCUGAAGCAGGAGGAUCAGCUGGCCAUGACCAGAAGUGUCAAGGAGGGCGAGGAAAUGAAGACCGAAGUGACAUUUUUCCCCUGGCACUCAAUGGCGGGUUUCAUCUCCGAGGCUGCCAACCUGCUGCUGCUGAGGGUGAUGGCCUGGAGGCAGAUGGUGCCCAGUAAAGCCCGCUUCCUGGCCCUGGACACGGAGGGCAAGCUCUGCUCUUCCACUUACGAAGCUCUGGGCUCCCAGACCCUCCAGGUGGACGGUCAGUCGGCGGAAGUGUUCAUCGUGGAGCAGGCUGUGCACUCGAAUGAGGGCAUCCCCAUGUCCUGCCAGUACUACAUGAUGUCCGACGGGCACCUGGCCAAGAGAAUCCAGGUGGGCUCCCCCGGCUGCUGUGUGGUCACCAAGAUGCCCAUCUUGAAGGAGGAGGAUGAGAUGGAGCCUCCCCUCGUGUUUGAGAAGAAGCCCCUGCCGUGGGAGGAGGACAUGGCGCUCCACUCGAAGUUCCUGGAACGGAAGGAGCAGCUGCGCCUCAGCCACACCAGGUACCUGCAGCAGCACCCGGACGCCCAAGCGCUCGUCUCCGACUUCCUGCUCUUCCUGCUGCUGCGCCAGCCCGACGACGUGGUCACCUUCGCAGCCGAGUUCUUCGGUCCCUUCUCGGCGCGCUACCCGCGCAUCUCCCCCUUGCGCUCCUCCAACCGGCCCAGCCCCUUCCGCUCGCUGGAGCCCUAGCUCCGCUGGGCCGCAGGCGGCCCUGGGCUGGAAGCCGGGACUCCCGGCCGCCGCGCGGGCAGCACGCACCCAGGAGACGCGCUUCAGCGGCUGCGGCUUUGAUGGAAAUCAACGGGGCCCUCCCGCCCGUGCGACCCGGCACCUUCCAUUGCCAGUCCUGGGUCUUGGCUAAGAAUAGGAACCAUUAAACCGUUUAUGGAGCGAAUUUCAGCCUUUCUUCCUAAAUGGUGUUUUCAUCAUUAUCCUCAUUUUACAGAUGAGAGAUUAGAGGCACUGAGGGGUUAAGUAACUCUUAUCAGAGUUACCGCGUGGGAAGCAGGAUUCAGACCUGGAGGUUAAAUUCCAAACCCACACUCCUCUUCAUUAGGUUAGCAGGGGUGGAGGGGCGGGGCUUCUCGGCCCCCAGAAACACUCAGGACGCCGCUUAGCUAACCGCCCGCUACCUGACCGCCGCCCGAAGAAAAGAGCAGAGCAGAUGACGUGGGCCGUGGGCGGAGGGGCGGGAAGGGCUCCGGACCACCACUGGCCUUGCUCGUCUCCUCCAAAGCCUCCCAAACACCCGAGGCCAGCGCCCUCCCUUCUCCCCCACACGCGGGAACCCCGAAACUGCGUGCCCGUGGCCCCCAUUCACCUGCUCCCGGAUAAGAAUGCAUGGACAGGUGAUCAUCUUGCUUAAUGUCAGUCUAUCCAGGGGCUUGUUUCCGUCCAGGGCUGGUGCCGCUCAGUAACAAGUAUUAGUCAAGCUCCCCCAAGGCGGCGGACAAAGGGGGUGCCCUCCAUCAGCUCAUUCACGGAAGGACUUUUGCAGGAGGAGGGACUCAGAGCAGUGUGCGGUCUAGGGAGCAAAACAAGCCGUUAUCUGCCAGGCGGGGCGUGGCGGCUCGUUGGUGACCCAGGAAUCAGGGAAGGAAGGCUUCCUGGAGAACUGUCCCCGGAGCCUUAAAGAAAUCUUAGUAUUAUAUCGUCCCCUUCCCCUAUUGUGGAAGAAACACGUGUUCAUUAGAGAAAACUUAGAACAGCGUCAUAAACCAAGAGAAGAAAGUAAAUUCGCCUCAGUUCUUCUCCCUAGAGCUCCCUACUGUUUCCUAGUGCACAGGUGGCCGGGGUUUGUCCAGCAUCUACUCCGUCCAACACUUUCACUUGGAACGUUUGAUCUGUUCUUUACGGCUCCAGGGGACUUCAUUUUAACGGAAGGUGAAAUCGUGCAGUAGCUGAUGCUCGGUAACUGAUAACUGCAUACUUACUGCAUGCCUGAAAAGUUUCACAUGUUAGAAAACGCGCAGAUAAAGCUGGGAUCUCCCUAGAUUCCCGCCCCGAUCUCCUCGUGUUUUGUGACUUGUUUCACGUGUCAUAAAGGCUCUGUUUCAUUGAACAAUACAUGCACGUUCUGCAACUAUUUCCCUGUCACUGCAUGGUCUUCUAUUUCUGGUGGCUCUACCACCACGUGGCCAAUCUCUGCCCCCCAAGCCUUUUUGGUUUUAUUUUUAUUUUUUAUUUUUGCCAUCAUAAGCAGUGCUGCAUUGAACACUCUUGUGGCUAAACCUUUGCCUAUAUAAACAAUUAUUUCCUUAAGGAUACAUUCUGAGAAGUGUAAUUGUUGCACUGAUAUUAAUAAUGCUUUUGUGUAUUUUAACAUAUUGCCAAAUUCUACAUGUGCAGCAUUUUUUAAGGGUCCGAUAAAGUAUUCCCCCAGAGAAAAUGACACGUGUAAACAUAAGAAAGUGUCAUCUACAUGCAUGGCCCACAGCAGCACCGGCCAACAGGCCUUCCUGCAAGGAUGGAAAGGUUCCAUACCUGCGAUGUCCAGCGGGGUGGCCACUAGUCACAUGUGGCCACUGAGGACUAGACAUGUGGUUAAUAAGACUAGGAGCUUUACUUUAAUUUUAAUUCAUUUUGAUUUAGAUAGCCACAGACGGCUACCAUAUUAGACAGCACUAGAGAGUAAGUAAGUUAUUUUCAUUCAAUCAGGCAAGCAGCUCAACAAAUAUUGGGCUCCGUCCAGGAUUCUUUUGGGCGCUGGGAGAUCAGCAGUGACAAGGCAAAGCCCCUGUCCUCAGGUAGCAUGGGAAGAUGGACAAUAAACACCAAGAUGCAUAAUUUGAUAUAUGUGAAAUAUCA